AGACGUUCGCUGUCUAUCAGAGUUCCAUUGCCCAGCCGACGAUCAUAUACAGUACCAAGGACAAUGUCUAUCGAGUCUCUGAGUAGCACCCUUGCCAACCUCGGCAUCAAGGACGAGAUCAAGUCCUUCGAGGGCUCCAACCCCACGGGGAAUCCCUUCGACAUCUUCCGAUCGUACAUCGCGACUGAAUUGGCGACUGUCUCCGAGAUUCCAGCAGAAACUAUCUAUUCUUGCCUCGAGACCACCUCCAAGGUUGGCAAUGGAGACUUGAUUUUGCCUGUUCCCAGGCUCCGUCUUAAGGCCAAGCCCGCCGAUUUGGCUGCGCAGUGGGCUGAGAAGUUUCCUACCUCCUCGCUCAUCUCCCAGGCUACCUCCAACGGCGUCUUCCUUCAAUUUUUCUUCAACACCAAGGUUUUGAACAACCUCGUCAUCCCCUCCAUCCUCCACGAGCAGAAGACCUACGGUACCAACAAGUCUGGUGCUGGUAAGAAGGUCAUCGUUGAGUUCUCUUCUCCUAACAUCGCCAAGCCUUUCCACGCCGGUCACUUGCGUUCGACUAUCAUCGGUUCCUUCUUGGCUAACUUGCACGAGGCUUGCGGAUGGGAUGUCGUGAAGAUGAACUACCUCGGUGACUGGGGUAAGCAGUUCGGUCUUUUGGCCAUUGGUUUCGAGAAGUAUGGUACCGAGGAGGAGCUCAAGGAGGACCCUAUCAAGCACUUGUACGAUGUCUACGUCAAGAUCAACGCUGCUGCUACCGCUCAGGAGGAGGAGAUCAAGGCGGCGAAGGAGGCUGCGGAGAAGGAGGGCAAGACUUACGAGGCACCUGUUACUCUUCACGAUGAGGCCCGUGCAUACUUCAAAAAGAUGGAGGAGGGUGAUGAGGCUGCUAAGGCUAUCUGGGCUCGUUUCCGUGACCUCUCUAUCUCCAAGUACGUCGACACCUACUCUCGCCUGAACGUUCACUACGACGUCUACUCCGGUGAGUCUCAGGUUGCACCAGAGAGCAUGCAGAAGGCUUUGGAAAUCAUGGAGGAGAAGGGCAUCGUUGUCAAGGAUGAGGGUGCGGUCUUGGUUGACCUGACCCCCUACAACAAAAAGCUCGGAAAGGCUAUCAUCCAGAAGAAGGAUGGUACCACUCUCUACCUCACUCGUGAUAUCGGUGCUGCCGCCGAGCGUUACGAGAAGUACAAGUUCGACAAGAUGAUCUACGUCGUCGCCUCCCAGCAAGAUCUCCAUCUCAACCAGCUCUUCAAGAUUCUCGAGCUUAUGGGCUACGAGUGGGCUUCCAAGUGUGUCCACAUCAACUUCGGCAUGGUCACUGGUAUGUCCACCCGUAAGGGUACCGCCGUUUUCCUUGACCAGAUCUUGGAGACUGCCAAGGAGAACAUGCACGACGUGAUGAAGAAGAACGAGGUCAAGUACGCUCAGGUCGAGGACCCAGAUUACAUUGCCGAUGUCGUCGGUAUCUCUGCCGUCAUGGUCCAGGAUAUGGCUGCUAAGCGUAUCAACAACUAUGCCUUCGAGUGGUCUCGUAUGCUUACCUUCGAGGGUGACACUGGACCGUACUUGCAGUAUGCUCACGCCCGUCUCUGCUCCGUUGAACGCAAGUCUGGCUACAAGUCCGAGGAUACCAUGAACUCCAACUACGAUCUCCUCGUUGAGCAGCAGGCUAGCGACCUCAUCCGCAUCUUGGCUCAAUACCCCGACGUUGUCAACACUGCCAUGAAGACUCAGGAGCCUUCUGCCAUCGUCACCUACUUGUUCAAGAUGUCUCACGUUGUUUCUUCCUGUUACGAUGUUUUGUGGGUUGCGAACCAGGAGCCUGCGCUCGCCACUGCUCGUUUGUCUUUGUACUUGGCUGCUAGACAGGUUCUUUCUAAUGGUAUGGAGUUGUUGGGUUUGAAACCUGUUCAGAGAAUGUAAAGAAGAGGUUCGGAGAUGAUGUUUUGAUAUAGUCCUUGCAUUGCUGUUACGCGUUAUU